AUGGACGAAGCAAAGACUCUCAUCCGGACUGCAGUGCGCACUUUCUUCCCUCAUCCGAAACAGAUCAUCAUUGUCGAUGCCAUCCUCAUGCACUCAGUUUUACAAAUGGACGACCUGAACAUUCUGCUGAACUCUCAGCCAAAAGACAUCCGCAGCCUGCUCAACCCUCUGCGCACUGCCAGGCUCGUCCAGACACAAUCCCGCAAUGAAGCCAAGAUUGGCUCUACAAGACCCUCGUCCAGAGAAUACUACUUCUGUCCCUUCCACCCUGCCAUCGACGCAAUCAAGUACAAAAUCGCAAAACUCCGCAAGAAAGUGGAGGCGAUGUACCAACAAGACGAGACCAAACGCAAAGACUGGCGCUGUCCCCGCUGCAAAGCAGAAUAUGAAGAACUUGACAUACUUGACAAAGUCGGAGACGAAGGCUUCUACUGCGACAGGUGCCAUGCGACCCUGGUUCAAAACGAACAAGCCGCACUGAAAGACCGCGGCAACCAUGAAAAGAUCAGAAAGCUGAAUGACCAGCUCAAGAAAUUUGACGACAUGGUCCUCAAGAUCGAUCGUACAGACAUUCCCGAAAACGACUUCGCCUCAGCAUGGGACCGAAAGAAAGACGUCCCCCGACCGCAGGGAAGCGGGAAAACAGACACAUCAGAACAGUACGUUCCUCUACAGAGAGGCAACAGAUACUACGACUACAAACGAAGCGGCCCAGACAUGGUCGACGUCAAAAACCUCACUGUCAACUUGACCAGUGGUGAGGAACAGGAGCGUGAAGAAGCCGAAAGGAAAGAAGAGCGCAGGAAAUUCCUCGCCAAACAGAAUCAGUUACCUGUGUGGUACACAAGCAGUGCAAUCGGGGCUACCACCAAUGGGACCGCCACGGCUGCUACCACCCCAGACGAAGAAGACGCAGGAGAGGAAGAAGCAGAAGAGGAUUUUGAAGACGUGGAUGUCAAACCAGUCAACGGCAUCAAGAGAGAAUAUGAAGUCGCCUUUGAAGGGGACUCGGAAGAAGAUGAAGAGUUUGAAGAUGCAGUUUAA